AUGUCGGAGUCACGGUAUCACGAAGGCCUCGAGGUCUACUCGGACAGCGCAGCUCAUGCGCCAGAAGUCAACCCACACGGCGUUUACAGUCAGGGUUCGAAGGAUCCAAUAUCGGGUUAUGUUCAGGUCGUCGAGGCACGAAAAGGUCCCUUUGGUCUGAGCAUAUUGAGUCUAUGCGCGCUUGUUGCUAUCAUCACUGCAGUGGUUGUCGGAGCUGGAGUUGGUGGAGGUCUUGGAUCAGCUCUGGCCGACUGCAAGAACCAUAGUUCACAAGUGUCUGAGGCCCCAGCUGCGUCCGCGAUACAAACCUCCGCCUGUCCAACCCUCACAGCAAGCGCAAGCGAAACCACCGAAACCGCCGAGUCGAAAUUCUAUGAACCCAAACCAGCAGACCAAGUAACAAACCUCACUCUCCCCGACGCAUGCUCCCAACCAAACGGCAAAGAUGACUACACCACAACCAACGGCUACGGCUUCACAUAUACCUGCGGAUUUGACUACCCAGGGAACGAUAUAGUGCCUAUACUGGCCUACACAGCAUUCGACUGUAUGCAUGCAUGUGCAAUGUACACCGAGAUCAACAGCGGGAAGGAAAAUGCGACGCUCUGUGAUAGUAUCGCGUUUAAUAGGGAGAUGGCGAAGAACUAUGAAGUCAAGGGAGGGAAUUGUUGGUUAAAGACGGGGACGAGGGAUCUUUUUCCGGCGUCGGAUUUGAUGCCGACGUUUUUGUAUGCGAAGAGGAAUUCGUGA